AUGCCUUGAGCCAUCAAAUCAUCCCUCCAGAUAUCAACAAAGUCCACCAUCAUUUGGUUCCAUCUCUUCUGGAGAGCUUCAGCUGUAAUUAGCCGAUCGAAGCAACAUCGAGCUAGCUAGCAAGCUGUUCAUCGUCAAACUCAAACCGGUAAUCGACUAAUUAAUCAGGCUUCUGGUGGUCAAGAUGUCGUCCCCGUGGUUGGUGUUUUGGGCGGCGGCGCUGCUCGCCGUGGCCGGCUCUUCGACGGUGGUGCGCGCGUCGUACCCGCCUUCGUCGUCUCUGAAGGUCGGGUUCUAUAAGCACUCCUGCCCGCAGGCUGAGGACAUCGUGCGCGACGCCGUCCGCCGCGCCCUCGCCCGCAACCCCGGCUUCGCCCCUGGCCUCAUCCGCAUGCACUUCCACGACUGCUUCGUCAGGGGUUGUGACGGCUCGGUGUUGAUCAACUCGACUCCGGGGAACACGGCGGAGAAGGACUCAGUAGCCAACAACCCGAGCAUGCGAGGCUUCGAGGUCAUCGACGAUGCCAAGGCCGCCCUGGAGGCCGCCUGCCCGCGCACUGUCUCUUGCGCCGACGUGCUCACCUUUGCAGCUCGCGACAGUGCCUCCCUCGCCGGCGGCAUCAACUACAAGGUCCCAGCCGGCCGCCGCGACGGCCGCGUGUCCCUUUCGGAUGAAGUGCUCAACAACAACGUCCCCGGCCCUUCAGACGACGUCGCCGAGCUCAUCGCCAGCUUCCGCCGUAAAGGCCUCUCCGCCGAUGACAUGGUCACGCUCUCCGGCGCGCACACCAUCGGCCGAUCCCACUGCUCCUCCUUCACGCAGCGCAUCCACAACUUCACCGGCAAGGUAGGCACGACCGACCCGUCCAUCGACUCGUACUACGCGGCGGACCUGAAGCGGCAGUGCCCGAUAUCGACGGACAACAUUAACGACCCUACCGUCGUGCCGCUGGAUGUGGUCACGCCGAGAGAGUUCGACAACCAGUACUACAAGAACGUGCUGGCCCACAAGGUGCCGCUCAUCUCCGACCAGACGUUGCUCACCAGCAAAAAGACUGCCGGAAUCCUCGCGUUUCACGCUGCAGUGGAGAGGGCGUGGAAGGCCAAGUUCGCCGCCGCCAUGGUCAAAAUGGGCACCGUCCACGUCCUCACCGGCGACGAAGGAGAGAUCAGGGAGAAGUGCUUCGUUAUCAACCACCACUAGCUAAUUCACCGCUACAAGUCCCUAAAAGUAAAUCCGUCGAUGAGCUAAUGUUGAGAACUUCAGAAUGAGAGAUUAGUGUUGUGGUAAGAAAUUGCUCAGAAUGAGCGAUUAUGUAUUGUACCCUGCAGGAGUAUAAAAUUGUGAUGUAAAUUCAAAGUUGUGAUGUCAAAUACAUCUAUUUUGUAUUUUUCA